UAACACUGAAAGAAAUAAUAACUUGUCUUGCCUGUCAAUAACGCAUCGCAUACCUACAUGCAUGCCACGAUUUUGUUAAAUAGUUCAAUAAAAAACACAAAUUAGCUUCUUAUAUUUAAGUACAAAACGUAAAACCAUGGUUCGAAGUGGGCGAGAUCGUGACAGAGAUCGAGACCGUGAAAGGAGACGCUCACAUAGCAGAUCAGCGUCCACAGAUCGCAAGCGGCGACGUUCAAGGUCCAGAAGUCGGGACAGACCGUCCAAGUCUUCGAAACGAAAGCGUAGUCGUAGCAGGGAGAGAGAUUCCAAGAGGGACCGCAGUAGAGAUCGUAGCAGGGAACGCGAUAGGGACCGAGAUAGAAAAAGUGACAAACGGGAUGACAAGAGGAAUGGCACAAGUAGCAAAUCAAGGAAGAAGUCCCCCGACCGGGAUAGAGAUAGAUCGAAGUCAAAAGAAAAAACUAUCAAGAAUGAGUCAGAUUAUGACCUCGGCUCCGCUGAUAAGGAAGAAGAACAGAGCCGGCUUGAGCAGGAGAUGCAGAAGCGUCGCGACCGCAUCGAGCGCUGGCGAGCUGAGCGCAAGCGCAAGGAGCUCGAGUCCGCCAAGAAGGAGGUCCAGAAAGGCAGUAUCGUCAGUAACAUUCAGAUGCCAGCCAAAAAAUGGUCGCUCGAAGACGACUCUGGCGAUGAAGGUGAAGAUGGAGAAGCCAAAGAGAAACCAGCUCCUGAAGAGAAAAAAGAGGAAGAAGAUGAAAUAGACCCAUUGGAUGCUUACAUGCAAGAGGUUCAACAAGAGGUCCGCAAAGUGAACCAAAUAGACCAAGCCCGCGGGCUCAUCAGCGUGCCGUCAACUGGCGGCACCGGCGUGGUUAUACUCACAGGAACUGCCAAGAAGAAGGUCGCGGAACAGAAAAAUAAGGGCGAACUCAUAGAACAGAAUCAAGACGGCUUAGAAUAUUCAUCUGAAGAAGAAACAGAGGACAUCAAGGACGCCGCAGCCAACUUGGCCUCUAAGCAGAGGAAGGAACUCGCUAAAGUGGAUCACGCUAGUCUGCAUUACAUGUCAUUUAGGAAGGCCUUUUAUACAGAGGUGAGCGAACUAUCUCGAAUGACGCCAGAAGAGGUAGAAGCAUACAGAACAGAGCUGGAAGGCAUCAGAGUGAAGGGCAAGGGCUGUCCAAAACCAAUCCGCACUUGGGCACAUUGCGGCAUCAGCAAGAAGGAACUCGAUAUACUGAAGAAGCUCGGCUUUGAGAAGCCCACCCCUAUCCAAGCUCAGGCGAUACCCGCGAUAAUGUCUGGAAGAGAUCUUAUCGGAAUAGCCAAGACGGGUUCAGGCAAGACGCUAGCGUUCAUCCUGCCGAUGUUCCGACACAUCUUGGACCAGCCGCCGCUCGAGGACACCGAUGGACCCAUAUCCCUAAUCAUGACGCCCACCAGGGAGCUCUGCAUGCAGAUAGGGAAAGACAUCAAGAAAUUCGCCAAGUCUCUAGGGUUGAGAGUCGUCUGUGUUUAUGGAGGCACGGGGAUUUCUGAACAGAUAGCAGAGCUUAAACGCGGCGCUGAGAUGAUAGUGUGCACGCCAGGCCGCAUGAUCGACAUGUUGGCCGCCAACUCCGGCCGCGUCACAAACCUGCGCCGGGUCACUUACAUUGUGCUGGACGAGGCUGACCGGAUGUUUGAUAUGGGCUUCGAGCCUCAGGUAAUGAAGAUCAUCGAUAACAUAAGGCCAGACAGACAGACCGUGAUGUUCAGCGCCACUUUCCCGCGACAAAUGGAGGCCCUCGCCCGAAGGAUCUUGCAGAAACCUAUAGAAAUACAGGUCGGCGGCAGAAGCGUGGUCUGCAAAGACGUGGAGCAACAUUGCGCUAUUCUAGAGGAAGAUGCGAAAUUCUUCAAACUUCUAGAACUGCUCGGCUUGUACAGUCAGAUGGGCAGCAUCAUAGUGUUCGUGGACAAACAGGAGAACGCCGACAGUCUGCUCAAGGACUUGAUGAAGGCUUCGUAUUCGUGCAUGAGCUUGCAUGGAGGUAUUGAUCAAUUCGACAGGGACUCGACAAUCGUGGACUUCAAGAGCGGGAAGGUGAAGUUGCUGGUGGCGACCAGCGUGGCGGCGCGCGGACUCGACGUCAAGCAGCUCGUGCUGGUCGUCAACUACGACUGCCCCAACCACUACGAGGACUAUGUGCAUAGAUGCGGACGCACCGGCCGCGCCGGCAACAAGGGCUUCGCGUGGACGUUCCUGACGCCGGAGCAGGGCCGCCACGCGGGCGACGUGUUGCGCGCCUUCGAGCUCGCCGGCGCCGCGCCGCCCGCCGACCUCCGGAACUUGUGGGACAAAUAUAAGGAAGCGCAAGAGAAGGACGGCAAGAAGGUGCACACUGGCGGCGGGUUUAGUGGGAAAGGUUUCAAAUUCGACGAAUCCGAAGCACAAGCGGCGACGGAGAAGAAGAAAUACCAAAAAGCGGCGCUGGGCUUACAGGACUCUGACGAUGAGGACGUGGAGGGCGACCUGGACCAGCAGAUCGAAACCAUGCUGGCUGCUAAGAAGAUUGUCAAGGAGAUCAAGCCCGGCGUGGCGGCGGCAGCGGGGGCGCCGGCAGCCGGCGCGGCCUCCGCAGCCGGCGCGGACGGGAAACUGGAGCUGGCCAGACGGUUGGCCAGCCGGAUCAACUUGGCUAAGGGACUGGGUGCUGAGCAAAAGGGCGCUACCCAACAAGCGGCUGAAGCUAUACUGAAGGGCGCACCUUCAGCUCAUACCCUUAUUACCGCUAAGACGGUGGCCGAGCAGCUGGCGGCCAAACUGAACACCCGUCUGAACUACCAACCGCGGGACGAGAGCAACUCCGAGCCAGCCGAGGAGGUGUUCAGGAAGUACGAGACAGAACUGGAGAUCAACGACUUCCCGCAGCAGGCCCGAUGGAGAGUCACCAGCAAGGAGGCGCUAGCUCUAAUCAGCGAAUACAGUGAAGCGGGAAUCACAGUUCGCGGGACCUACGUACCCCCCGGUAAGACCCCGCCAGAAGGAGAGAGAAAACUGUACCUGGCCAUAGAGAGCUCUCAAGAACUAGCUGUAGCUAAAGCGAAGUCCGAGAUCACACGGCUCAUCAAGGAAGAGUUGCUGAAGCUUCAGACCUCAGCGCAUCACAUGGUCAACAAAGCUAGAUAUAAGGUCAUCUAAGCAGGAAUAAAUGGCGUCACUUCA